GUAGCGACGCACGUGUUACUGUAGCGAGGUAGCGAGAUGGCUGAGGACAGGCUACAAUUUCACGAAAUGGGCUUAGACGACCGUCUAUUAAAGGUAAUUUCAUCAGAAUAUUUUGUAUAAAUUAAAAACAAACGUUAUCGCAAACUUCGUAGCAGGAUUUAGAGAAAAUAAACGGCGUUAAAGUGAAGCAAACUCGAAAUAAACAGACAUGGUCACAGCUGUAUUAGCUCGUCAGUACUGUGUAUUUGGGAAAAGUAACUCACAUCAGUAUUUAAGUGAAUAAAGACGUGUUCUAUAUGACCUAAUUUGGUUUCAGACUGGUGUGUAAUGUAGUAGUUUUAAAGUUUUGCAUCAACAUUGUCAAGAUGAUUUACAAACAUUAAGUAGGGGAGAGUGGGGUAAGUUGAGCCACCCCCUUAUGCUUGGAAAUGGUCAACGAAAUUGAUCAUGUGAUCAAAUAUUUAAGAGAUGAGCAUCAAUUCAUGGAGUCUGUGAAGGUUAGAAGCACAUGGGUGAAGGGGUUAGACAUUUAUUUACAAAAAAAACAAAACAUUUUCCACUCUUGAAAGUGAAUUUAGUCUGUCAUAAGUUUUAUCAGAAUUGUGUUCAGACCAAAAAAGAUCAUUUUAAAUUUGUUUUAUACAUCGAUUGUGGUAUCUAUGAGCUACAACAUGAGGUCAAAGACCUAACAUAAAAAUCCACCAUUUUAGCUUGGAGGACUAAUAAAGUCAUCAUAGUAGUUCAGGGGUACCUGAGAAAGUAAAGGAGUCUGAUGAGAGGAUCAGAGUUUCAGUCCAGAUUGUUGAAAUGUUUUUACUUUGUCUUUUCAAAAAUACAGCUGUGAAUGUUCUGAAUCACUUAAAAACAUUCUCAUGUUAAAAUGUCUUUAUACAAAACAGCUUUUUAGCAGUUAUAUGCAGUAAUAAUAAAAAGAAAUAUUGUACCAGUUGAAUAGUGUAUACUAGAUAAAAAUACACAUGGAUGUGAAAAAGUGACUGUUAUUUUAUAUGAAGGUGAGAGGGGGACUCUGGUGUUUGGACUGGGGGGGGGGUUAGUAGGGAUAGUAGGGCUACGGCUCAACUUACCCCGCUCCUAUGGUCAACUUACCCCAUACACAGAGUAAGUAGAUGAUAGGAGACCACUUUUUUUGGCCUGCUAUAUUAUCAAGACAGUUAUGUUUACACUCAUUCUGUUGUUUGCAGGGAUGAACAACAUCUUGAAAUAUCUGCAGAUAAACUAGUUAGAGACAAAACUAUGAUUGACUUGAUGUAGUGAUCUGAAAUAUGAAAAAUGGCUCAUCUUACACCACUCUCCCCUACUGUGUAUUUGAGAAAAGUACCUCACAUCAGUCUUUAAGUGAAGAAAGGUGUUCUAAAUGACUUAACUUUGGUUUCUGAUUGGUGUGUAAUGUAGUAAUUUUUAAGUUUUGCAUCAGCAUUGUCAAAUCUUACUAUUAAACCAGACUAACUAAUGAUUAAAAUCUUAAAUCUAUUAUAUUUUUAUAUACCCAAACAUGUCGCUUUCUAAUUGUUGUUAUUAUGUUGUAGGCAGUUGCAGACCUGGGUUGGUCCCAGCCCACCCUGAUCCAGGAGAAAGCCAUCCCUUUGGCUCUGGAGGGGAAAGACCUCCUGGCUCGAGCCCGAACCGGAUCAGGAAAGACAGCUGCUUAUGCUGUACCUGUCAUUCAGAGGAUCCUGACCUCCAAACAGGUGAGGAGGAGUCAGUAGUUUAGUUAGUGGACCCAGAAGACCAGUUUUUGGAGUCUGAAAUGUCCCAUUCUUGCCUGGUAGAGGAUUUCAGCUGCUCAACAGUUCAGGGUGUCCUUUGUCUGGUUUUUGGUGUCAUGAUGCUGUAACUGUUUUCAAUGGGGGACAAGUCAGGCCAGUUUCUCAGCAGGACUCUUCUACUACAGAGCCAUGCUGUUGUAAUCCCUGUUGUCAGAAUGUGGUUUGUCAUUGUCUUGCUGAAAUAUGAAAGUCUUCCCUGAAAAAGUCUUUGUAUGGAUGGCAGCAGAUGUUGCUGCUAAACGUGAAGAUGUUACUUAACAUUAAUGAUGUCUAAAGGCUAAAACAUACAGGAUACAUAUUUGGAGCGUGGCAGCAGCGUCAUGUAUCACGCAGCAAAUAGGUUUCCAUUCUGAUCAAUGCUGCAAAGCAUACAGGACGCGUAUCAGCUCCACCGCAGCAUUGUAUCAAGAGCAACACUGCUAAAGAUACGCGGCAAGUCUAUUUUUGCUGCUCUACGCUUCCAAUGUGCAUCAAUCCAGAGAAACACAGAGAAAAUCGUUCUAGAUAGGAAGUCAAGCACAAAAACCGCACAUGUCAUCCAGUAUUCCAAAAUAAAUCACUAUAUGCAAACUCCAGACUGUGUAUCAGUUCGCGUAGAUGAGAAAUACUUUCUGGUUCUGGAUUUAUCAGUAACACAGAACAAUCCGAUUGUCAAUCCCUGAUUCAUGAGGACCCCAACAGGACUUUGAACUGCUAACUCUGUCUGAAGGUAACAGCACAGCAUAAAGGAACAUAGUUUAGUUUAUUAAACAUGAGUAACCCUGCAAAAACCCAAACUGUAAAGGAAGGAAAAGGAAAAACAAUCUGUUGUGAACAUGUUGUUUCCUCUAUACUGAGCCCAGCUGACCGGGGCUGAACUACGCUGCUGCUACGCUCCAAAUACACUGAUCCUGUAUGAGAUACCAAAUGCUGCUCUAUGGAGCAAAUACGGAACGCACUCAAUACGGAUCCUGUAUGUUUUUGGCUGAAGUUGGCAUCCAUGAUUUCCAAAAAGAAUUUCCAAUUUUAACCCAAGUUAAGAGAAGUCUCCGGUGUUUCUGGGUCCUGUCUUUAUCUGGUCUCCUCUUUCAUGGUCCUGUAUAAACCUCAUUUGUGGAUGCAGUUAUGAACUGUGUUUCCAGUCAAUGGUUUUUAAAGUGAUUCUGAGUCCAUGGGGUGAUUUCCACUUUAGAGCCCUGUCUGUUUUCAAUGCCCUGAAGAUCAGGACCAUCCAGUCUUGAUUUUGGUAAUUGUCUCUUUAGUACAGAGAUUUCUCCAGAUCCUCUGAAUCUUUGAAUGAUAUUAUGCACUGUAGAUAUUAAUGAAAUCCACUCAGGAACUUUAUUCUGAAACUGUUGAACUGUUAGCUCACGCAGUUUCUCACAGAGUCCUGAACCUCUUCUAUCUUUCCUCCUAAAGAGACUCAGCCUCUCCAAGUUUUCUUUAUUUGAAACAUCAAAUUUACAAAUAAAAUUACAGUAUAAUUUUCCAUCUUUCCUUUGUGAUCAUUUGUUGUUUUUGAUGUUAUUGUUUUCAGAGUGUUCGUGAGCAGGAUGUACGGGCUCUGGUUCUGGUACCGACCAAAGAGUUGGGUCAGCAGGUCCAGACGAUGAUCAAACAACUGACGGCAUUUUGCUCCAGGGACGUCAGAGUUGCUGACAUCUCUGGGAAAGCUGACCUGUCAGCUCAGAGGUUGGUCUUUUUUACAUUUAAAUCACUAAAAACACUUAUGUAUACAAACUGUUAUUCUACAUCAGCAGAGUGUACAAAGUUUGAUUAUUACUGGUGUUUUUGGUUGUGUCUGAACAGGCCAAUCUUAAUGGAGAAGCCUGACGUUGUCGUAGGGACGCCGUCUCGUGUGCUGGCUCACCUGAACGCUCAGAACCUUUCCCUGCACUCCUCUCUGGAGAUGCUGGUGGUUGAUGAAGCCGACCUGCUUUUCUCUUUUGGCUUUGAGGCGGAUCUGAAGAACCUGUUAUGGUGAGAAAUCAUACGUCACUUAUUUUAUUUAACCUGUGUGAUACAUAUCUUUAUACUCUCUAUCUUUGGUUAAAUGUCAGGCUGUUUGUUGAAAGUUAAAAACUGACUGGUUGUGAUACAAGGUUGGUGCUUGAUGAUGGAUAGACUUUUAUUUUGAUUUUUCUUUCUAAUUGGGCAAAGAAAAAUCUUGUAAUUUCAUCAGUUUCUUUUCCUCCUUUAACUAACUUUCUGUGUUGUGUGUCUGCAGUCAUCUGCCGAAGAUCUACCAGUCGUUCCUGAUGUCUGCCACUCUCACUGAGGAUGUUCAGGCUUUGAAGGAGCUGCUGCUUCACAAUCCUGUAACGUCACAUAUAUGUUUGUAAUCUUGGGAAAAUUCUCAGUGUUUAAAAAGUUUCAGCCAUAGAGGAAAAAUUUCAUUAAUGUCAAAGCGUGUGUUUGUUCUCUCAGGUGAUCCUGAAGCUGCAAGGCUCUCAGCUGCCUGACAGCAGCCAGCUGCAGCAGUACAGCAUCAGAUGUGAGGAGGAGGACAAGUUCCUGCUGAUCUACACGCUGCUCAGGCUGCGGCUGGUUCAGGGGAAGACACUGGUGUUUGUGGGAGCUGUGGAGAGGAGCUACAGACUUAAACUGUUUCUGGAACAGUUUGGAAUUCCUGCCUGUGUGCUCAACUCAGAACUACCUGUUCAGUCAAGGUAAAACCAUGUUCUAAUAUGUAGGUGUUCAUUUAAUAGAAGAAAACACUAAAUAAAUCAGUGUCCCUACACCACCUGUAAAAUUACAGCUUCAAGGAAUCAACUCAGGGAUAUAAGAUGAUGAAGAAAGUUGUAAACAUGAACAUAAAUAUUACCCUGCGCUCUGACACAGACAGCCAAAUAUUUAAGAAUUCACAUUUAGAUUUUUUGGCCCUGUUCUUUUAUGUUUAACACGGCUUGUGUUUCCUGCAGGUGUCACAUCAUCACUCAGUUCAAUCAGGGAUUUUACGACUACAUCAUCGCCACAGACGAGCAGAGUUUGGUGGACCCGACGUCAGCUCGACAGACGACUGCAGGAAAGGGGAAAAGGAAGAAGAGCUCAGAGAAAGGAGCGGGAAAGUGAGUCAGAUGAAGUUUUUACAGAGAGUUUGAUCUCAUGUCUGUCUGGAUUUUGUGAAUGUAGGUGAUAUUAAUGCCUGAAUGAUGUUUUUAAAGGAGUAAAGAUAAAGAGUACGGAGUCUCCAGAGGGGUGGACUUCCAGAAUGUUUCAAAUGUCGUCAACUUUGAUUUUCCCAUGACUGUAGAGUCCUACAUCCAUCGAGUCGGGAGGUUAGUGUUUUUUUCUUUUGUUUUAAGUUCACUCAAACUUUUAUAAAACUUUUUAAUCAGUUAUUUUAUCAGGGCAGAAAGAGAAGAUCUCACAAUAGCAGGUUUAUUACAUUUACACGAAGCCUGGAAAUCAUUUCUCUGUCAUUGUAGGACGGCGAGAGCAGAUAACCCCGGCACUGCACUGUCCUUUAUCGCCCACACUGAGCUUGACUUACUCUCUGAGGUGGAGGAGGCUCUCAUCGGAGGUGAGAUCAGUUUAUCUUCCCACACUUUAAGUCUCAGUUGUAUGAGCUAAACCAGGUUUAAAACUGUUUCUAUGACUGUAACAAGGAGGUCAUAUUCACUGAAGCUAAAGAAAGAGGCCAGUGUUUUGACCUCUGCUUAGUUUUACUGCCUUUUUGUCUUUGUCUGCCAUGUUUUUACAUCUAUGAUUCUAUAUUUUGUUUUAAUAUGAAACAUUUUUCUGCUCAGAGAAUUCAGAAUCAGCGUUGAAACCGUACCAGUUUAAGAUGGAGGAGAUCGAAGGCUUCAGGUACAGGUGCAGGGUGAGUGUCCUCGUCCGUGUCCUCACUUUGAUGAAGUCGCUCUGCUUCAGAUACGACUUCGCUGACUGUUAUAACAUUGUCAUGGAGAUUGCUGCUUGGUCUGUUUGAAGGAUGCGAUGCGUUCAGUAACCAAGCAGGCAGUGAGAGAGGCCAGACUGAAGGAGAUCAAGCAGGAGCUGCUCAACUCAGAAAAACUAAAGGUCAGUUUUUACACUUUUCUACCAGGAGAUUAGUGAAGCUGUGCACUUUCCACAGAGGUGAGGGCUCAUGACAGCAGCCAGUGUUAAAAUUCCUCCUGAAGAAUUGGUCUACUUUGGUUUUAAGACCCUGAACAUUCUUAUAAAACUCUGAUAAUCAAUUCAGUUGAGUUUUUCUGCUUUCAUUCAGACAUAUUUCGAUGAUAACCCCAGAGAUCUUCAGCUGCUCAGACACGACAAAGACCUCCAUCCUGCUGUGGUCAAACCUCACCUGAAGAACGUACCAGAGUACCUCAGUAAGACAUAUGAUGAUGCAUCGACACAGCUGGAGAUCAAAUUCAGGAGUAAGAGACCCGUUAUUUGUCUUUCUUCUCUCUUUCAGUUCCAGAGACUCUGAAGGGAACAGUGAACCCUCUGCUGGGCCGGAGGAAGAAGAGGAGUGAAAAACUGAAACCAGGCGGAGUGAUGAAGAGCAGUUUCAAGGUGAGACUCAGGAAAACUUCAUGCUGGUUUUCAUCCAUUCAAAAUAAUGAAAAUGGGGACAGGCUGUUGUCAGAAGAAGUGUCUCUGAGUUUCAUAUAACUUGAUCUCUUCUAGAAAAACAUCAGAGGAAAGAACCCCCUGAGGAGUUUCAGGUACAGUGGAGGGAGGAACAGGGACAAGAAAGGUAAAAAAGCAGAGUCGUAGCUGCUGGAUCUUCAACGUGUGCUGAGACUGUCUUCAGGAGGACAGUUUUGAUUUCCAUUAAAUGGUCCAAACAGGAAACUAUGAACCCUGUGGCCUCUGGAUUAAACGGCCGGUGAAGCUAAAUGGACCAUGGAUGAAAUGGAGUGUAAAGACGGACUCAUGUGAACUUUGAAUCACAGGAAAUCCAAGAAAAAGCAGUUUGAAAUCCCAACAUGUCUUACUUAGUGGAAGCUUUGAAGGCAAAUAAGUAUCUGUAGUAACUAGUAUACACCAGUGAUGUAUGUCCUGGAAAUAUAUCUUUAUUAAAACAAAAUGAUUGCCUUGAAAAAUGAGUGUUUUCAGUUAACUUUGGAAGAAACUUUUAAGCUCCUUUUCUUUGCUUUUUUAAUCUUUCAAGAAUGUUGUCAAGUUAUCUUGUGAUUCUAGUUCCUAAAGGUAAAAUUAGCUCAUCGGGACCAAAAAUGAAUCAUAGUCAAACUUUAUUUAGAAAACAACUUCAUUUAAUCAAUGCAUUCAGCUGAACAUACAGAUCAGUUUAACUCAGGCCAACAACCUGCAGUAAAACCUACAAAAAUCAUCCAUACAUAUGAACUGUGAUGUAUUUUUUUUAUCAUACUCUCAAUGUGAUCCUUUUCUACAUAAAACUUAUUUGAAUUUUUCAAGUCUCUGCUCAGCAGAAACUUUAUUACUCUUUAGAAAUGCUCUGAAUCAAAUCUCUUGUUAAUGAAAUGAAGGAUAGGUGUUUUGAUAUAGGUGAUCUGAUAUCUUGUAACCUGCUCAGGGUUUGAAUGUUUAAAAGGUACAUUAAGUUUUGGGAUCUCUAUGCUGGUUGUAAGUUUGGCUUCACUUUCACUACUUGCAUGUAGCUUACAGGCUCAGAUUGUUAUGCCAAAAACUUGGGUGUUUGAUUAUUUUCUUUGAAACCUGAAACUAUCAACAACUAUUUUAUUGCUCCUCACAACCACUGGACACUGUGGCAAAAGCAGUGACUACACUCCAUAGAAGUCACCAAGUAAACUGGCCUAUCACUACCAGGACUGGUUCUGUUGGGUUAUUAAAAUGAUGUGAUUCUACUUAAUUCUGAUUGGUCAAAACAUAGCAAAAACAGCAAUUAAGUCUACCCAGGCAUUCGUUCCUCACGCAGAGUGGGGAAACUAUUAUAUCUCUGUAAUCAUGUCCAAAUUGACUGCUUUAAAUCGUAGCGUGUUGCAUUUAAGUGACAUGUUUAUCUGGCCGCAAGUAUGUUGAUAAGAUUCUCUUACCAACCAAUGGAUCUGAUCUCGUUAUUUUUUUUAAGCUGUAUAAAUAAAAUCAUCCUCAACUAGAAAAGCACUCGGAGAGCGCAGACCUCCACCAAGCAGCUCAUGUCCCCCCUUAUAUUGUGAUUCACACCAAAACUUUUACUGUUCCGUGUCUUUUAUUAACUUUUAUUUGUGUUUAAACUGGUAUGUUCACUGUUCAUAAUGUUCCUAAAACAACAAAGCUCAUAUUAGAUACAUAAAUGAUGAUUUAUUACGCAAUAUUUGUAAGCGUACACUUCCUUGUAUCUUCACUGGUUAUCUUUCCAUUUUCAUUUUCUACCGCUUAUUCCCGUUCCCGGGGUCACGGGGGGGCCAGAGCCUAUCCCAGCAUCUUCGGGCAAAGGCAGGAGACACCCUGGACAAGUCGCCAGUUUGUCGCAGGGAUGACAUAUAGAGAUGGAGAUGAACACCCAUCCACUCUAACGUUCACACCUAUGGGCAAUUUGGAAGCGGCCAAUUAACCUAACCCCACUUAGGCAUGUUUUUGGGAUGUGGGAGGAAACCAGAGUAAACCCACACAGACACAGGGAGAACAUGUAAACUCCACACAGAAAUGCCCUGACCUGGAUUCGAACCCAGGACCUUCUUGCUGUGAGGUGACAGUGCUAACCACUACACCACUGUGUCACCCAUCUACACCACUGUGUGGUUAUCUUUUAGCAUUGAAAAUUUUAACGAUACCCUUAUUUUUGUGUGUUCUGGAUCACAGUAUCCAGAGUUUUGUCUUGAUCAGGAUCAACCUUUGACACCUCAUAAAACUCAUUGAGAUC